CCGUCAUUGUCCAUGGAUCUUGCGCUUCCCACACUAUUCCUCUUCCUUUCUUUCCCCCCUCAUUCAUCUUUCCGGACCUGCAGGUGGGUUAAUCAGACACCACGGUCUGAGCGGAAUGUAAAUAAUCCUUGAACAAUUUCUCUCAUAUUUACUGCAUCUGCCCCCCCCGCCUCGCAACAUGGCGUUUGUAACUCUUCGGAAUUCCAUCCCUUCACCGACUCGCCUAUUUCGGUCCACCAUGUCCACGGUAAACCAAUGUCGCCAGUUCUCUUUCAACUCAUAUUUGAUCACCCCCAAGGAGCUUGAUACCGCCCUCAAGAAGAACCCGCGCACGAAGAUCUCCACCUCUCCUCGUGUGGUACCGCUAUGCGCGGCCUGGUUCAUGCCGAACGACCCUGAAGGUCGCAAAGGAAUUGACAUCUUCCGCAAGCAUCGCAUCCCCGAGGCUCGCUUCUUCGACCUAGACGGAGUCAAGGACCAUGACUCGCCCUACCCGCACAUGCUUCCUACCGCUGAAACGUUUGCCGAAGCGAUGAGUGAGCUUGGCAUUCGCCGCGACGACGAGGUGGUGGUCUACGAUACCGAGGAGCUGGGCAUCUUCAGCGCUCCCCGCGUCGGAUGGACCCUUCGGGUCUUUGGACACCCUCGAGUCCAUCUACUCAACAACUACAGGCUGUGGGUUCGCGAAGGAUACCCGACGGAGACUGGUGAGCCCUCCCAGCCGGAGCGGACCAACUACCCCGUACCUACGUAUGAUUCGAAACUCGUGAUCCCUUACCGGGAGCUCAAGGAGAUCGCCAAGGAGCAUAGGAAGGAGGGCGCAAAGGAAGUAGAGAUUCUGGACGCACGCUCGUACGGCCGCUGGGCGGGAACCGAUCCGGAGCCACGUCCGGGCCUGUCGUCGGGCCAUAUUCCUGGCUCCCAGAGCUUAGCUUUCCAACAGCUGCUGGACCCGGAGACCAAGACUUAUCUCCCGGGGCCAGAGCUACGCAAGAUCUUCGAAGGCAAGGAUAUUGAUGAGUCCAAGUCCAUCAUCAGCUCUUGUGGCACCGGUGUGACAGCGACUAUCAUUGAGACGGCACUAGGCGAAGCGGAGUUCGGAGAGCCCAACCUACGGAGGGUAUACGAUGGCAGCUGGACUGAGUGGGCACAACGUGUCAAGCCCGAGGAGGGUCUCAUCAAGAAGGCAACGUAGAGACGGGAGAAAGGACAGCUGACGUUGGUUUGAAGGCGAGGAGAUUGGAUUGGCCUGAUGAUCGUCGGGUCUUGUAUGACAUAGCGUUUUCCCCUCCAUCUCGAUUCCAGCAACCGCAAUUAUACCAUACCAGAUAGAGAUCGAAC